GGGGAUUUUUGCUGUAUCUUGGCUCAGAUGUUGGUGUUCAGCACUGGUUAGUUGGUCCAGAUGUCGGAGGACCAGAGGCAUCCUGAAGCCUCCCAGCAGGGAGAUGGCGAGCUGGAGGCGGGAGAGGGCGACACGGAGCCGAGCAUGCUACUGCAGAAACUCAAGAGCAACAUCUCGAAGAACGUUCAGACCAAAGUGGAUCAGAUCCUGCAAGACGUUCAGCGUUUCUCUGACAACGACAAGCUGUACCUGUACCUGCAGCUGCCCUCAGGACCCAGCUCAGGAGACAAGAGCUGCGGCGGUGACUGUAGUUCAUUCAACACAGCCGACCAGCUUCACACCUGUAACUGGAUCCGCAGUCACCUGGAGGAGCAUUCAGACACCUGCCUGCCCAAACAGGAUGUCUACGAGACAUACAAGCGUUACUGUGAGAACCUGCAGCAUCGCCCUCUGAGUGCUGCUAACUUUGGGAAGAUCAUCAGAGACAUUUUUCCCAACAUUAAGGCUCGACGUCUCGGCGGCAGAGGACAGUCCAAGUACUGUUACAGCGGCAUCAGGAGGAAGACUGUGCUCAACAUGCCACUGCUGCCCAACCUGGACCUGAAGAACGACCCGGCUGAGCUGACCGAGCUGGUCCAGACGUACAAACAGGAAGUGACCGAGGCGGCGUGCGAGCUGAUCUGCGAUUGGGCGCAGAAGAUCCUGAAGCGCUCGUUCGACACGGUGGUGGAGAUCGCUCGCUACCUGAUCCAGGAGCACAUCGUCAACCCUCGCUGCAGCCAAGCCGAGCUUGUCAGCUCCGCUGCACUCGCAGGAGGUCCGGCCAAACCGCACAAGGUGAUCAAGAAGACUCCGGUCAUCUCUAAAGCCGAGAGCAACGCUGCUGAUCAGAAGAGGGAAACAGCUGAUUCGUCAUCGCUGAAGCCGGCUGGAGACAAAUCAUCAUCAUCGUCGUCCAAACCUUCAUCUCUGGACGCUCCCCCUCCCUCGUCCUCCUCUCUGCGUCCUGCCGUGGAGGCCUUCAUGAAGCAGUUGCCAAGAAUCCUCCCUCGCAGCUCCAUCCCUGAUAAGACGCUCUCGGUCCGCUCCUCGCCCCCCUCGCUGGCGCCAAAAGACGCCUCGGGUGUUGGGGUGGCGUCGGGUCCCGGAGGGCCGGCCGCCGCCGCCGCUGCCAGCGGUGGUGGGGUGAAGGUUAUUGCCAUGGCAACACUACCGCAGCAGCAGGGCGGGCCGGUGCCGGUGAUGAUCCUGCCGCAGGGCUGUCUGUACGACCGGGACAAGGUGGCUCCGCCCCCGCAGCCCCCCCCCCAACAGCACGCCCCCGCCGCCCCCACGUCUGUGGUACAGAAAGCUCGAGGGGGGGCCAUCAAGCGCCUGUUGGAGGGGGGGUCGUCCGGCGGGGGCGUGCCUGGCAACUCCGCCGCCGGUGCUCCUCCCGUCAAACGGAAACGCGGCCGGCCGAGAAAACCUCGACCGGAAGACGCUGCGCCCGCUCCUCCUGCUGCUCCUCCUCAGCCUCCGCCUCCCCCCCCCCAGCCCCCCAUCAUCACCUCCGUGACCGGCGGCGUCAUCCAGAAAGCCUCGUCCUCCUCGGCGGCGUUGGCGUCCCACCCGAUGUUGGAGCUGUUGAUCCAGGAGCCUCCUCUGGUCCUCAGUCAGCUGCCGGCGGUGUCGGAGGCUCACCGGCUGGUGGAGCACCGCGGCGUGGUGGUGCAGUGUCAGACCGGCGCCGCGGCCGAGCCCGACCGCCACAGCCGGCCGCUGCUCCUCUUCCAGAACACCAGCUGGGAGCUGGCGGCGGCGGCGGGGAGAACGCCGAUGGUGGAGGUGAUCCAGAAAGCUCCGAGACCGAGCAACAACAGCGCUCCUCUUCAGCCUCCUCUUCCUCUGCCCACGGUGCACGAGGAGCAGGCGGAGGUGGAGAUCACGCUGAUGCCGAUGGACGUCAGUCCGCAGCCUUCCUCCUCCACCUCUGCUCCUCCUCCUGCUGAUCCUGUCGUCUCCUCCGUCUCAGCAGAGGAGGAGCAGUCAGCUGACAGCAGCACCUCCUCGCAGAGGGAGGGACACUAGCUCAUCACUCCUCACUCAGCUUUUACCUCACCUGCAUCAAAGCCCCGCCCCCUCCUCUCCGCCCCUCUUCCUUAUUGGUGGAAUCCCAGAUUGGCCAAAGCAGAGAGCCAAUCAGGGAUGAAUGAAGCCAAAACUUCGUCAUGCUGUCCUCCAAUCAGCUUCCAGAGACCUGCACGAGUGUCUGAGCAGCCUGAGGCUGAAACUCCUCCUCCACCUCUUGACACCUCGUCCUCUGUGCUGAAGAACUCACAUCAGAUAAAAGAAAAAAGAAAAACAGAUAAAAGAAGGAGGGAUGAAGGAGGAGGAGGAGGUGAGGAAGGAGGUGAGGAAGGAGUUGAGGGAGGAGGAGGUAACUCGGCCUCAGACAGACAUCAGCUGACACAGAGACAGGAAGUACUACGGGUCAGAGCCUGUGAAGGUUCUUUGUGCUAAAAAUGAAAAAAUGACCUCAGAUCUGCUCCUCCGUCCACCUUCAGUCCACCGAGGAGCAGAAAGGCAAUAAGAAGAGAGAGAAAGAGAUUUUAAAAAGACAUAAAAAAAGAUAAAAGAUGAUGGAAGCUUUGAGUUUUGGACUAAAGGUGAAUCGAAGUUUCAGUUCUGUUUCAGCUUUGAUUUGUUUUUAUCAGUGUUUGUUUGUUUCUGAUCGUUGUGUGUGUGUGUGUGUGUGUGUGUGUGUGUGUGUGUGUGUGUGAGCUCUCCUAAUAAUGACCCUUAACCCCCCCCCAAAAAUAAUAUUGCUUAAAUGAGCUUUUUUCUCAUAUAAAUUAUAAAAUUAGAGAUAUUUUAACAUUUAUUUAUUAUUUCAGGUUAUUUAUCAGAUUUGGUCUUAAUUUAAUUUUUCUUUAAUUUGAUUUUUAUGAGUUUUUAAAAGGAAAACUCUUAAUGAACAAAGACGUCGGCGUCGUUUAAAGGUCCAGCUGAAGCAUUAACCCUUUACAUACUGUUCAUAUUCUGACUCCUAAUUAGUCUCUGCAGAUUAAUGUGAAUAAAAAUGUGAAUCAGCUGCACAAAAAAUUAAAUAUGAUGCAUUUUUUUGUAUAUUAGGAAAAGUCGGCCUAAAUAAAAGUGUACAGGGUUUUUUUGUGAACAGUAUUUGAGGGUUAAAACUACGGACUGCUCCUUUAAAUGACCAGAACUUUAAAUUAACUGCAGUUUAAAACAUAAUGAAUUAAAUUCAUACUCUGACCUCACAGAGACGCGCCGCCGUGUUUAAGACGCCAAACUGACUUUUAGCACUUACGAGUCCAGACGUCGUCGUCCAAUCAGGAGCGGGCGCCUUCUCUAGAUCUGUCCAAUCAGGAGCGGGCGCCUUCUCUAGAUCUGUCCAAUCAGGAGCGGGCGCCUCCUCUAGAUCUGUCCAAUCAGGAGCGGGCGCCUCCUCUAGAUCUGUCCAAUCAGGAGCGGGCGCCUUCUCUAGAUCUGUCCAAUCAGGAGCGGGCGCCUCCUCUAGAUCUGUCCAAUCAGGAGCGGGCGCCUCAGUGGUGCAGCUGGGUCCUCCCUGUUGAAGCUCCGGCACAAAAAGCAAAGCACAA